GGGUGGAUUCAUCAACAGGGACUAUUUUUUAACCACUGGCAAGAUGUCGUUACUAUUUAAAGAUGCUUUCUGGGGAGUGGACUUCAUCAGUAAUACCGGCUAUGAGACUAUCAGUCUGAAACUUAAUGAUGGUCGACGGACAUGCAAAGACAUGGAGGAGCUCUUGAAAAUGAGGGCAUCAGCAGAGGAGAAAUACGGCAAGGAACUGGUCACAAUCGCCCGCAAGGCUGGGGGUUUAUAUGAGAUCUGCACUUUGAGAAACUCUCUUGACGAAAUGAAAACACAAAUUGAAAACAUUGGAAACUUGCACAUUCAGCUAUCUGCAUCGCUAAAGGAGGAGGUGAAGAGAAUGGAGCAGUUCAGAGAGCGACAGAAAGAACAGAGAAAAAAGUUUGAAGUCAUCAUGGAGAAGGUCCAGAAGACAAAAGUCUCUCUCUUCAAGAAAACAAUAGACUCUAAAAAGUCCUAUGAGCAGCGCUGCAGGGAGGCAGAUGAGGCAGAGCAAAAUGCUGAGAAGAUGGCCAACGCUCCCACAGCUACUCCCAAACAGACCGAGAAGAUGAACAACAAAUCUAAACAGUGCAGAGAAGCCGCAGUGGAGGCUGAGAAACAGUACUUGUCAAACAUUGAACAGCUUGACAAGACUCGCCAAGAGUGGGAAUCAACACACAUCAACACAUGUGAGGUGUUUCAGCAGCAGGAUGAGGACCGCCUGAGCGUACUAAGGAAUGCUCUGUGGGUGCACUGUAACCAUUUAUCAAUGCAGAGUGUUAAAGACGAUGAGUGUUACGAGGUUGUGAGGGAAACACUGGAAAAGUGUGACAUCAUUGGUGACAUUAACAGCUUUGUGGAGAUGAACAGCACCUGCUCGACCCCCUCAGCUCCAAUUGAAUACCAAAGUUACUACGAGAGGGAUGCUGCAGAUGUCAGAAAUGGCAGUGCUGGAUUCAUAGGAGGAGUGAUGAAGAGGUUUUCAAAUCUUCUGCAGUCGAACUGUUCCAGUGGCUCCAAAUUGAGCAUCAAUGAACCAGUUGCACAACCUACUGCAGAAACAUCAGAGGGAGUGUAUGCUUCCAUACCUGCAUCUCAGGGGUCCCAGAUGAGCAGCGAGGGGUACAAGGUCAUGUACGACUAUGCGGCACAGGGGGAUGAUGAGCUCUCUGUGUCUGCCGGGGACGUUGUGGUUGUCAUAGAUCAAAGUGAGGAUGGCUGGUGGACGGUGAAAAGAAAUGGCCUCACUGGAUUGGUCCCAGGCUCUUACCUUAGCAAAGAAUGAGUUUACCUGACAGCCAUAUGUAGGACUAUGACUACCACAGUCCCUCAAGUCAUAUUUUGUUCAGGCCUUGUCAUUUCAAAUUGCCUUAUAUUGAGCUUAUUUGUUGUACGUAUUUGUGAUUGGAUGCAUCAUCAAAACCCAUUUGAGUAGCAUUUGAAAAUGGGGCUGUCACAUACAGUAGCACGAGACAGUGUGGAGAUAUUUAUUGCUAUGGCACAUAUUCAUGUUACUUUGCCCUUAUUGCUGGUGUGCUGAGUGCUCCUCAUACCAAUUACAGCUGGGAGAUUAAGUGAUCUGUUGCACAAGGUCUCUGCACUAAGUUUAUUCAUAUGUGGCACUCUUGUAUACCUGCAGUCUUAAAUAUGAAGCAGAAUGCUUUAUUUCUGUUGUUGCCGUGUGUAUAAUUUCUAUGUGUAGUUAUUGUUUCUAUUCUGAAUGUUACCAGAACCAUUCAAUCACAGUAGCUGAAAUGCAACCAGGCACUGUACUUGGGUAAUGCAGCUGAGCGAUCUGCUCCCUCUGGUUCAAACGUGUCUGGUUACUGAGCAACAGGGGAGACGUUACCAAAGCGUAGGCCAUUCACCAACAUUUUAAGUGUGUAUACAUGUCCACAAUGGUUGUUUGGUGGUCACUAAACCACAAGUGGAUACAACUACAUCUCAUGAUUCCAGGAAGAGCUCAUAUAUAAUAUGGAUGCGUUAUAUUCUGAGCCCACGGUAACCUUGAAACUAGUUUGAAAACAAAAAGCUACAAAGCAUAAAAGAUUAGACACAGACCAAAGUAUUUGACUAAAUAUGUGAACCUCUUACAGCCCUCCCUCACGGGAAACACCUGAACCUUGACCUCUCUUGUAGACUAUGAGCUUUGUCCAGACAGAAAGAAAAGUAAAAUCACAUUUUGGGAAGCAAUAUCAUCUCUUUGUAAAGAAUUGUCAGAACAAAUACAACAAUAAAUACAAUAAAUGAAAAAACGCACUCAUUUAAUUUCAACUUUUCCCCACAUUUUAUUUACAUUCUUGAGUCCUGCUAUUGCUACAAAUCAGCAAAUACAAUUCUUAAACUAUCAGAAGUGGACUGCUGAGACAAAAACAAACAAACCGCUAUAGGACAAAGUCUAUCUUGAGUUAAGAAUGCAUUACUACUUGAAAAACCCCCACACACACACCGAAGGGGAUUAAAAAGCUGGAGUCUUAAAAGAAAGAUCAGACAAGCAGACGCCAGUUGAGUUACACACUUUACAUGCAAUAACUUGUCACUAGCUUGGGCUGUGGUGUCCACUAUUUCCGGACAAAAUACUGCUGCUGAAAGGUGAGCUUUCAACCAAAACUGAGCUGUAAUAGUAGAAUAGUAGUAGUGGAGGUAAUUUAAUUCAAAUUAUAUGUAGGUACAGAACAGAUUUAAACAUGAAAUACUCAAAGCCAUACACAUAGUGCAAACCAAAAUAUGAGGAAACAUCCCAUCGGUAUUUUACUCCACACAAGAGGUUGUACGCCCUCGUGCCAUCAUAAGCAUCAGAAUGCGUUCUACAUGUCAUUGACCAUUUAAGAAUUUGGUCUGUAGCUUUUUUGGGGAAAAACAGGUAAAAUAUAGAACUAUAGUAUGGUUGUUGUUUAAGGUUAGUGCGGUAAUAUAUUAUUUUCAUGCUCUCACCAAUUACACGUUAGUUCUGAAAGUGUGUGUUAUGGUGUGAAAAAUGUGUUGUCCUUUAUGCAUAGGUGCCUCCUGUAAUAAGAAGCUCGUAGGUAGGAUCUCUGGCUCUGCGGCACAGCACGACGCAUGUACACAACAUCCCCAGCAUCUAGAAGAAAGAGACAGAUACAUUAUGAUUUUUGAGGCGUGAAUGCAAUCGCCAGACCUAAAAAAAAACAACAAAUGUUGAGAUUAUUAACAUUCUACGCCACGGUCGCGUAAGCGAGAGUAUGCACAACACAGCUGUGAAGGCGGACUAGUCGGCGUGAUGACGAUUUGUGGUCUCAUUUAGCCACCGCCUUUUUUAAGACACUUGAAGCUUCAAAAAUUCCCAUGAGGGGUAUCUACUGACAUAUUUCAUAUCAUAGUACAAAAUAUUAAACACAUUGACUAAUGCUAACUGAUACCUGGGUUUUAGGACUCAUUCCUGCAGCACUCUUUCAUGAGACAGAAAACAAACUGACC